UCACAGAGCCUAUACCUGCCUCUACUUGUCUGUUCUGGGCAGAUGGCUCUCGGUUUUUGCCUUGCCUCAUCCUGAAGCCCACUUCAGUUAGACCCUUUCUUCUGUGGAGACUGGCAAGCUGUAGGGUGAGGGAUUCGGCAAGGCUGCCUGUCUUCAGAGUAUGAAGGACACUGCCUGGAGAGGGAAGAGGGUUAUAUUUUGUGUUUGGGCCCAGUCAGUACUGGGCUCCCCACUGCCUCUCCUUUGCAGAACUGUCAGUGGCCUCUGGUUGCAAACUCUCCGUGGCUUUGUAGCCCACAAAACAAAAACUGAAAGACUGUCCAAAAAGAAAAGAAGAAAACAUUGUUGUUGGUCCUUGGAUUCCACUAUUGGAUUUUGGUGGGGAUGAGAAGAGGGAACUACUGGGAAUAAUCAAGUAAAGGUACCUCCUGCACAGUAAGGCUUUAAAGAAUGCGUUCCAGAAGCAGUGACACAGAGGGCUCAGCCCUAAAGCAAUUUCCAAGACAUAAAGACCAUGAUUUCCAAGGACCUGAGGACAUGAAGCAGAGACAGCAAGACAAAGACCCCACCAAUGAGUCAAAUGCAAUUCUUUCCUGUCCUAAAUCACACGGUGGUGUCGGUCACCAUGGAGAAGACCUCUCAAGAGACGAUCUUUUAUUUCUUCUGAGCAUUCUGGAAGGAGAACUUCAGGCUCGAGAUGAAGUCAUAGGCAUUUUAAAGGCUGAAAAAAUGGACUUGGCUUUGCUGGAAGCUCAGUAUGGGUUUGUCACUCCAAAAAAGGUGUUAGAGGCUCUCCAGCGAGAUGCUUUUCAAGCAAAAUCUGCCCCUUGGCAGGAGGACAUCUAUGAAAAACCAAUGAAUGAGUUGGAGAAAGUCAUGGAAAAAUAUAAAGAAUCUCAUAGACGAAUCCUGGAACAGCUUUUAAUGGCAGAAAAAUCUCAUAGGCAAACCAUACUGGAGUUGGAAGAAGAAAAGAGAAAACACAAAGAAUACAUGGAGAAGAGUGAUGAAUUCAUAAGCUUACUAGAACAGAAAUGUGAAAGAUUAAAGAAGCUGAUUGACCAAGAAACCAAGUCCCAGGAGAAGAAGGAGCAAGAAAAGGAAAAGAGGGUCACCGCCCUGAAACAGGAGCUGACCAAACUGAAGUCUUUUGCUUUGAUGGUGGUGGACGAACAACAAAGGCUGACGGCACAGCUUGCCCUUCAAAGACAGAAAAUCCAAGACCUAACCACAAGUGCAAAGGAAACACAUGCUAAACUAGCCCUCGCUGAAACUCGAGUUCGGGAAGAAGAGCAGAAGGCAACCAGACUAGAGAAAGAACUGCAAACACAGACCACAAAGUUUGACCAGAACCAAGAAACAAUUAUGGCAAAGCUCACCAAUGAGGACAGCCAAAAUCGCCAGCUUCGACAAAAGCUGGCAGCACUUAGCAGGCAAAUUGAUGAGUUAGAAGAGACAAACAGGUCUUUACGAAAAGCAGAAGAGGAGCUGCAAGAUAUAAAAGAAAAAAUCAACAAGGGAGAAUAUGGAAACUGUGGUAUCAUGGCUGAGGUGGAGGAGCUCAGGAAACGUGUGCUAGAAAUGGAAGGGAAGGAUGAAGAACUCAUAAAAAUGGAGGAGCAGUGCAGAGAUCUCAAUAAGAGGCUCGAAAAGGAAACAUCUCAGAGUAAAGACUUCAAACUUGAGGUUGAAAAGCUCAAUAAAAGAAUUAUGGCUCUGGACAAAUUAGAAGAUGCCUUCAACAAAAGCAAACAAGAAUGUUACUCUCUGAAAUGCAAUUUAGAAAAAGAAAGGAUGACCACAAAGCAGUUGUCUCAAGAACUGGAGAGUUUAAAAGUAAGAAUCAAAGAGCUAGAAGCCAUUGAAAGUCGGCUGGAAAAGACAGAAUUCACCCUAAAAGAGGACUUAACUAAACUGAAAACAUUAACUGUGAUGCUGGUAGAUGAAAGGAAAACAAUGAGUGAAAAAUUAAAGCAAACUGAAGAUAAGUUACAAGCUGCUGCUUCUCAGCUUCAAAUGGAGCAAAAUAAAGUAGCAACAGUUACUGAGAAGUUAAUUGAGGAAACAAAAAGGGCACUGAAGUCCAAAACUGAUGUGGAAGAAAAAAUGUACAGUGUCACCAAGGAGAGAGAUGAUCUAAAGAACAAACUAAAAGCAGAAGAAGAGAAAGGAAAUGAUCUCCUAUCCAAAGUUAAUCUAUUGAAAAAUAGGCUUCAAUCAUUGGAAGCAAUUGAGAAAGAUUUCCUAAAAAACAAAUUAAAUCAAGAUUCUAGUAAGUCCACAACAGCAUUACACCAAGAAAACAAUAAGAUUAAAGAACUCUCUCAAGAAGUGGAAAGACUGAGACUGAAGUUAAAGGAUAUGAAAGCCAUUGAGGAUGACCUUAUGAAAACAGAAGAUGAGUAUGAGACUCUAGAACGAAGGUAUGCUAAUGAGCGAGAUAAAGCUCAAUUUUUAUCUGAAGAGCUGGAACAUGUUAAAAUGGAACUUGAAAAGUACAAGUUAGCAGAAAAGACAGAGUCCAGCCAUGAAGAGUGGCUUUUCAAAAGGCUUCAAGAAGAAGAAGCGAAAUCAGGGCACCUCUCAAGAGAAGUAGAUGCACUGAAAGAGAAAAUUCAUGAAUACAUGGCAACUGAGGACCUCAUAUGUCAUCUCCAGGGAGAUCAUUCGGUUCUACAAAAGAAACUCAAUCAACAAGAAAACAGGAACAAAGAUUUAGGAAGAGAGAUUGAAAACCUCACUAAAGAGUUAGAGAGGUACCGGCAUUUUAGUAAGAGCCUCAGGCCUAGUCUCAAUGGAAGAAUCACCUCUGACCCUCAAGUAUUUUCUAAAGAAGUUCAGACAGAAGUAGCAGACAAUGAGCCGCCUGAUUACAAGAGUCUCAUUCCUCUGGAACGAGCAGUCAUCAAUGGUCAGUUGUAUGAAGAGAGUGAGGACCAGGAGGAGGACCCUAAUGAGGAAUCUGUGCUGUCCUUCAAAUGCAAUUCAUCUUCUCCCUGUCCUGUUAACAGGAAGCUAUGGAUUCCUUGGAUGAAAUCGAAGGAGAGCCAUCCUCAGAAUGGAAAAAUACAAACUAAACCCAAUGGCAAUUUCAUGCAACCUGGAGAUCUAGUCCUAAGCCACACGCCUGGGCAGCCACUUCAUAUAAAAGUUACUCCAGACCAUAUUCAAAACACAGCCACUCUUGAAAUCACAAGUCCAACUACAGAGAGUGCUCACUCUUAUACAAGCACUGCAGUGAUACCAAACUGUGGCACCCCAAAGCAAAGGAUAACCAUCCUCCAAAAUGCCUCCAUAACACCGGUGAAAUCCAAAAUUUCUGCUGAAGGCCUCAUGAAUAUAGAGCAAAAUAUGACCCCAAUUACUACGGCAACCUUUGCCAGAGCGCAGACCCCAGAGUCUUGUGGUUCUAUAACUCCAGAAAGGACAAUGUCACCUAUUCAGGUUUUGACUGUGACUGGUUCAGCAGGCUCUCCUGAGCAGGGACGUUCCCCAGAGCCAAUAGAAAUCAGUGCCAAGCAUGCAAUUUUCAGAGUCUCCCCUGACCGGCAAUCAUCGUGGCAGUUUCAACGUUCAAACAGCAACAGUUCAAGUGUGAUAACUACUGAGGAUAAUAAAAUCCACAUUCACUUAGGAAGUCCUUACAUGCAAGCUGUAGCCAGCCCCGUGAGACCUGCUAGCCCUUCAACGCCACCACAGGAUAACCGAACUCAAGGCUUAACUAAUGGGGCACUAAACAAAACAACCAAUAAAGUCACCAGCAGUAUUACUAUUACACCAACAGCCACACCUCUUCCUCGACAAUCACAAAUUACAGACUUGCUGGUGGGAAAAAAAUCUAACAGCUCAUUUGAAAAGUGUUACGUCUGGUAUAUAGAGAUGAAAAUCUUGAAUCUGACUAAACAUAAGCCUCAAAGCAACUUUAAAAAUCAGCACUGAAGACUUGAGUUACAUAAGGAUUGUUUCCACUAAUUUGACAGACUGGCCCAAAGCAUGUGUGUAUUUGAUAUUUAUUUUUGUGUUAAUAUAUUGUACCUUUGUUUCUUUCAAUACCAUAUUAUAAACUUGAGUUUUCAGAUGAGCUUUGCAUUUCUCACAUGCCUUCAAGAGAAGUAAAGUGUAGAGAACCAAUCAUGUUUGCCUAAGUGGGUGAAAAGUCAGUUUUAGGAGGAUGCCCAUGAUCUUAAGAGAUAACCCUUCACUGUUCAGCCCUUUCCAAAGAGUCCUCUAUGAGAAGUUUCAAUUCUCUCUGUAGUAGCUUAUAACCACUAGAGGCACAAAUGUCUUCUAUUAGAAUACAAGCUUUCUUCAUUCUUCAACAAAUCAGCUACAAGAAUGAACCAACCAAUAUUUAUAAAGCUCCUAAUAUUACUCAUUGCUGUAUAAGGCAGUUAUGCAAGUGUAAGACUUAGAAUCUAGGGUGGGAACUGAAGACUACCUUAAAAGGUAAUUAAGAUCAUAACAUAGGGAAGGAAUUCUAUAGAUAGUAAGUACUAUAGGAAUUUGGAGGAGGAGCCCAUUACUAUAGGGGCAAGGUUUGGGGGUUAGGUUUCAGAAACAGAUGAGAGAUGAGGAAGAAUAUGAUAAAGAGAGGAUAAAAGGUGUUCCAGGGAAAUGCCUACAAGAGCAGAGAUGUGAUGGCAGAUAGAAAAGGAGAAAAAAAACAAUGUUCAUGGAAUAAAGAGCAGCACAGUAUGGCUGCAGAUGAGAGGGCUAGAGCAGGGGUUAAGACUUGAAGGGUUUGGUCCUGUUAGAUUCUGAAGGGCCUUGAAUAUAAUGUUAGGGAGCAUUCUAUCACACCUCAGAGAAGUGAGAUAAUGGAAACAACUAAUUCUUUAUACACUUAUUUUACAACAACCCUAUAAAGUAGUUAUCUUCACAAUUUUAGAGAUAAAAAAAUUUUAAUUGUGAGAUGUAAGGAAAAAUUGCUUCAGGUUGUUCUGUUAGUAUGUGAUAAGAAUGAGACAUUAUAACACAAAUCUUGUCC